AAUUUUCCAUCUCUUUUUCUUCAGGAAAAUUUUUAACUCCGAUCACUUAAUCAUCCCUUCCCUGAUAUGGCAAAACCAGAGGUUCUCUCAACACCAUCUUCCACCUAAAUCUGCACUUUCCAUGAACAGUAGACCGUUGCUUCUCAUAUAAUGCUACACUAAUCCUCAUCUCCCUCAUCCUUCCAUCACCCAUCAUCUCUUCUUUCUUUUCCUCACUUUUUUCUCUUCCCUCAUUAAUUCUCUCUCUCUCUUUCUCUCUUGGCUUGUUUAGCUAGAUUCGUAUACCCAUUUAGCUACCAAUUUCAGUCUACGUGUGUCUACCAUCUUUCUGUCUCUCUCUCUCUCUCUCUCUCUCUCUCCAUAGCUAUGGAGCUUGAGCCAAACGCAUCUCUUAACCUCAACCUACCUAAACGAAACCUAAACCUAGACCUUGCCCUAGAGAACUCAUCAUCAUCAUCUUCUUUAUCACCUCUAAGUCCCACAGAGCCACGUGUCUUCUCCUGCAACUUUUGCCAGAGGAAAUUCUAUAGUUCCCAAGCUUUAGGUGGACAUCAGAACGCUCACAAGCUUGAACGAAGUUUGGCCAAGAGAAGCCGAGAGAUGAGUGCUGUUUUCCAACCUCAUGCAGGUUUUAGCCACCGUCCAAGCCCUGAUAUCGGCGGCGCUUCCACUCACCGUCGAGUUCCAACACCAUUAAUCAGCUAUGAACAUCAACAGCAAGUGGCAAGAUUCGGAAGAGAGAUGAUGAGUUACAGGCCUAAGAACGUUCAGCAUCAGGAGGAGUUUAAUCAGCUAGACCUCUCUCUCAGGCUUUGAUCAGUUAAUUUACUCUUUAUUCUA